GGAGGGGAGCCCGUCGCGGGCAGCGGAGAGGAGGCGGGUCGCUCCAUGCAGAACGAGGGCCAUAGACCAAACAGACUGACUCCAGGUGAACAUGGCCUUCUACAGCUGUAACGUAUUCCUUGCAGUAGCUAGGUCCAGGGGACCUCAUCUUCUUGUACACUCCAUCUGCUCCCCGUUCUCCCCAUCGGUUGUGUUUGCCCAGCUGUUGGAUUCCCACCUUAACCGAACAUACCUGAAGGACUCUGAGAGCCAGCAGUUCAUCCUCGGUGCACAGCAGGGCAUUGGGUUACCUCAGUUGCUAACUAAGCCCAUGCGAAUGCUUCACACGUCAGCUUCCUGGCACCAAGAGCUUCAGGACAAAACUCAGGCUAGCCAAAGUACUGUAACAAAGGACACUGAGCUGGCCAAGGUUCCAGCGGACCAAGCGACAGAGACUGCCAAGAUACCAUUACGCCAGAGGAUUAUAGAUGAACUAAAACAUUAUUACAAUGGAUUCCAUCUGCUUUGGAUUGACACAAAAGUUGCUGCUAGGAUGGUGUGGAGGCUGUUACAUGGGCAAGUUCUCACUCGGAGGGAAAGGCGAAGGCUGAUGAGAACAUCUGCUGAUCUUUUCCGGCUGGUUCCCUUUUUGGUGUUCAUCAUUGUGCCCUUCAUGGAAUUCCUCUUACCUGUAUUUCUGAAACUGUUUCCUGAGAUGCUGCCAUCAACCUUUGAAACCGAAUCUAAAAAGGAAGAAAAGCAGAAAAAGAAACUGAGUGCAAAGUUGGAACUAGCCAAAUUCCUGCAGGAGACCAUCGCAGAGCUGGCCAGAAGAAACAAAGCCAGUACUGGAGAAGCCACGAAGCAAUUCUCUUCUUACGUUCAGCAGGUUCGGCAUAGUGGCCAACAGCCCAGCACCAAGGAGAUCGUGCGGUUUUCAAAGCUCUUUGAGGAUGAGCUGACCCUGGAACACUUGGAGCGGCCACAGCUGGUGGUCCUCUGCAAAUUGCUUGAACUGCAGCCCAUUGGCACUAAUAACCUCCUCCGCUUCCAGCUUUUGAUGAAGCUCAGGUCUAUCAAAACAGAUGAUGAAAUGAUUGCCAAGGAAGGUGUUAAUGGCUUGAGCGUGUCUGAGCUGCAAAGUGCCUGCAGGGCCAGAGGAAUGAGGUCCUUGGGCCUCACGGAGGAGCAGCUGAAAGAGCAACUCAAACAGUGGCUAGAUCUGCAUCUUAGAGAUGUUCCUCCUUCUCUGCUGCUACUUUCUCGUGCCUUAUAUUUGACAGAGGUGAAGCCCAAGCCUCUUGUGAAUCCAGCUGAGCCUCUGAAGACUGAGGGUGAUGCAGACACAGAUGAUGAGGAGCAUGAGACCUUGUUGGAUUCUGCCCCCAAAGUACAGGAAAGAAAGAGUGAAGAAUUUAUAUUGCAGCCAACAGAGAAAUUAGCAGUUCCUGAGGUGUCAGUCAAGCCUCCUGCAGGAGAGACGAAAAUAGAAGCCUCUCGGAGCAGCAAAGCCAGCGCUAAUGGAGUCUAGCUGUUCUCCAGCAAUAUUUGGGCACUCUAGGAUUAAAAGCUCCAUUCUCUGAAGUUGCAGCUUUUGUAGACUAGCCCCUUUUCCACUCCUUUGAUUUGAUAUGGAUGCUUUUUCUUUGCAUCUAAGCCAGGCUGAAGAGCAUGUUGUAUACAGUGUCACUCUCUUCAUUUAUUUUAUUCUGUGUCGUUUAACUUAUUUUUUUGUAAAUAUGUACAUAGGCUGUGAUUGGGAGAAGGUGUAACUUAUGCAGUCUUGUCAGGUG